AAAAAUCAUCCAUACAUGAAUGAUAAACUAGUAUUUUCCAUAGUUAAAGAAUUUUUUGGAAAAAAGUUAGAAUAUUGGCCCGCUGAUGUAAAAAAACCACAGGGAGAUUUUGGAACGAGGAAAAUCUUUGAAUCAGACGUUCCUUAUCAAGGAAAAAAUUAUC